AUGCACGGCUAUAGUUCGUCAGAGGAGUCUGAGGACCCACGCAGGCCUCGUGCCCAGCCAGCCUCAAACAGCAAUCAGGACCAGAAAAAGAAGAGAAAGAGACGAGUCCCGCCUCAGCCUUCAAUCAAUCGCAUCUGGAAGAAGUUCUCGAAUCGCAAAUUCACCAAAGCCUUGGCCGUCCUACCCUUCGAUCCAGUCCAGCCCCCGGCCUCCCCAGAUCGUCCCAACGAGCUGCUUUGGGAUGGCUACAAUCGCGCAGCAGAAGAAUGCCGUCGCAAAGUCGAGAAAAUCGUGAAGGAGUGCAAGCGUGUGAACAUGCGCUACCGGGAUCCCGGCUUUGACUUGGACUGGGACUUCAAGUACGAGAAAGGUCACUGCCUCAAUAGCUUGGGCCAGGUGAAGUUCGAACUUAACCGCUCCACGCUACUAAACUCGAGCGCCUCGGUUCCCAAAGCAGUCAAGCGUGUACAUGAAGUAUACGAAAAGCCGACUUUUAUGAAUUCACUCAUUGCCAACGAUGUUAAGCAAGGCAGCCUCGGCGACUGCUGGUUCAUGGCUGGGUUAACUGCGCUUGCUAACGUAGAGGAUGGCAUCAAGCGUCUCUGUGUGGCUCAUAACACAAAAAUCGGCAUUUAUGGAUUCGUUUUCUACAGGGACGGCGAGUGGAUCUACUCCAUCGUCGACGACAAGCUGUACCUCAAGUCUCCGUCUUGGGACCUGCCAAGCAAACAGCGAGACCUUUUGGAGCAGAUUGAUCGCGAGGAUGUAGAGAAGCACUACCGCAAGACCUACCAGACGGGUUCCAAGGCGCUUUUCUUCGCUCAGAACGUCGAACAGAAUGAGACCUGGGUCCCUCUUAUCGAGAAGGCAUACGCCAAGGCUCAUGGAGACUAUGCAUCUCUGUCUGGCGGCUGGAUUGGCGAGGGCCUCGAGGACCUGUCUGGCGGUGUCACGACUGAGCUCUUCACCUCCGACAUCCUUGACCUCGAUGAGUUUUGGGAGAAUGAGAUGCUCAAAGUGAACCAGGAAUUCCUCUUCGGUUGUUCCACCGGCGUUAUGGAGCAUGGGUAUGGUGAGCGCAACGGCAUCUCGGAAGCCCAUGCUUACGUCGUCAUGGAUGCGCGCACCCUCAAGUCCGGUCAGCGUCUUGUGAAGCUCCGAAACCCCUGGGGCAAGAUCCGUGAGGGUCUUUGGGAAGGGCCAUGGAGCGACGGCUCCAAGGAGUGGACCACCGAAGUCCAGGAAGAGCUUGGACACAAGUUCGGUAGCGACUCCGUCUUUUGGAUUUCUUUCGAGGAUAUGAUCCAAAAGUACAGCCUGAUUGAGCGCACCAGGCUGUUCCGUGAUACAGACUGGCGCUGCUGCCAGCGCUGGAUCGGUGCCGAUGUGCCGUGGAAGCCUGACUAUCAUGAGAAGUUCCAAAUCAAGCUCACUCAGGACUCGCCUCUCAUCCUUACACUGAGCCAACUUGAUCGCAAGUACUUCAAGGGGCUCCAUGGACAAUACUCUUUCCGCCUUCACUUCCGCCUCCACAACCAGGAUAGUCCAGAUGCGGAAGACUAUAUUGUUCGGUCGCAUGGAAAUUUCCUGACGUACCGAUCCGUUUCUGUUGAGCUCCCAGACAUGCCUGCCGGAAACUAUUCGGUGUAUGUCAAGGUCGUCGGUGAACGCAACUCGAAGCUCCAGUCUGUUGAAGAGGUUGUCAAACGAGAGUGCAAGGGUCGUGUCGAGAAUGAGAAGCUCGCGCAAGUUGGUUACGCGUACGACUUGGCACACAGCAAGGCUUGGGACCACAUCAACAAGGUUGCCAAGGUCCGCAAGAGGACCGAGCAUAACAAGGCUUCGGGUUUUAGGCAAAAGGAGCGGCGCCGCGCUUGGGAGAAGCGUCACCUCAACCGAGAGGCGUCCAGGAGGCAGGACGACAAGAACAAGGAUAAGAAGCAGAAGCGCCGCGAUGACUGGAACGACGAUCAACGUAAGAAAGCAGAGGCAGAACUUGCUGCUGCCGAAGCUGCUGCCGCCGCCGACGCCGCGAAGGCUGCGGAGGAUGGAAAGGCACAAGUAAAGUCAAAGGAAGAAGGCCAGCAAGAUGGCUCCAUUAAGGAAGCACCUGAUGCAAAGGCAAACCCAUCCUCAGAAGUGGUCUCUGAGAAAUCUUCCGAGGAUAUCCAUGAAAAUGCCCCGUCCGACGGGAAGGCCGAUGACAAGUCGGGUCAAGGACAGGGAUCCGAGUCUACCGGCUCGCCUCAGUUCACUCCCAAGUCAGAGGACUCGACAAUUGUGAUCGUCGCCUCUGACAAGAAGCAAGAAGUACCUCCGGUUGAUGGCAGCCCUCCUCCCGUCAACCCAGCUCCACAGCCUCAGGAAGAGAAGGUCGAAAAGCCCCAGAAGCCCCUUCUCAAGUACAAUUCAGACGGUGAUUCUUCUGACUCACCUGUUGAAGAUUGGGAUGAAAUAUACAGCAGCGACGAUAUGGUCCGCAAGCCACGCAUUGCACCCCAACAGCCUCCCCAACCUCGAGAUGACUACGACACCGAAGAAGAGAAUAUGCCAGAUCCGUGGAACGCGAUUUGCAUUGUUGGCAUCCGGGUAUAUUCCAAGGAUGCCAACCUCGAGCUUCGCACUGUCAUUGAGGGAGGUGAAUUGCUCGAAGGUGGCAUGGGCGAGAAGGGACCCGCUGACCUGGAUAAUGCCCAGGCCAAUGCCGGUGGCUCUCGCCUCGAGGACAAGGAAGAAUCCAGCCCAUAUCCCUCUGUCGUCAGACGUGAUGGGGGCCUGCUCACCCCUGGAGAUAUGAGCGCGAUGAUGCGCGAGUAUUUGCGCAUUGAUUCUGGGAGCUCGUCAUUGGUCAACACUCCAGGCGUUGCAACGCCGCUAGAAGGAGAGACGAAGCGAUUAUAG